AUGAGCGUCAUCCAUGUCGGAUUCUGUGACGUCGCCAAGACCCGAUAUCAACCCCACAACGGCUCAUCGAACGCUCCACGAGGCGAGGAACUGGCCAUGGACAUGCUAGAACUUUCGGAGCAUCCCACCCACGGUCCACAACCCUCUGGCCAACCGACCCGCAUCGCAUCGGCAUCCCACCGCGCCAUGCUCGAUCCGAUCCCCGCAUCAAGCCAUGUGGUAGUGGAGGAAACUCCCGCCAGCACCGAAUCGUCCACAUCUACCACGCCCGCGCCAACCCCGCCCACGUCUGCAACCCCCGCAUCCCUACCCCGACCCCAGGGGUAUACAACCUUUGGCCGUCGCUCACAUAAGAAGAGCCGCACAGGUUGUGCGGUAUGCAAGGCGCGGAAGAUUAAGACCUCUAUCCUCCAUCCGACGGAAGAUGAUCCCCUUCCAACCCUCGAGCUUGAACUCCUCCACAACUUCACCACCCGUACCUACACCACCCUGACCGCAGACUCGAGCCUCUGGACUUUCUGGAGAGAUGACAUGGUGCAAUUGGGGUUCACUUGCGACUAUAUUAUGCGCGCGGUGCUAGCUGUUAGCGCGCUGCACUUGGCAUAUCAUAGGCCGGACAAAAGGGACUGGUAUACAGCCCAGGCGAUAUUGCUUCAUCAGAGGGCGAGUCGGUCGGCUAUGAAGGUGAUGGAGAGGGCCGAGGGUUUGGAUAAGGAUGAGACAGCAUGUUUGUUCUUGUUUAGUAUGUUGACUGUCUUCUUCGCCCUAGCAACCCCCCGCUCCCCCACGCCAUCAGGCACGUUCUUCAUAGGCGACUCUGGCAUCCCCGACUGGGCCUUCUUGCUAAGCGGCGCAAAAUCCAUCAUGGACGUGCUCGGCUGGGAGAGGCGGCAUGAGACCGUUGCAGCACCCUUUUUGUACUAUGGAGCGCGUAGAUGGGAAGCGCAUUGUGCGAAGCUGAAGGCUGUUAAGGAAAAGCUGGGCGCUGGAGCAGCGUCCGGGUCUGGACUGGAGUCUGGCAGUUGUGGGGAGGGGUCGGCUUCGGGUUCAGCUUCGAAUCCAGGGUUGGAGUCGAACAUAGCCUCAGGCCCAGGAUCGAUUACCAGCUCAGUUGCAUCAUCUCUCGCGCCUGGGAGUGCCGCUGAAGGCAUCUCUUCCCGCCUGCUACCCCUCACCUCCCUCCGAGAGAAGAUAUCAGCCACGAUUCCUGCAUCAGAAACGGACUUGCUCAAAACCUACCUCACGGCCCUUGACCUCCUAGAACCCUCCCUCCUGAUCAUAACUCAUGAACACUCCCUCUCCUUGCACGACUCCCCACACUUCCGACACGACACCAAGGAUGUGCUGGAUGCCAUGGUUUGGCUGUGGCUGGUGUCCGAUUCCCUUGUUCCCUUGUUAAGGGAGCCAACAAAACAUCAGGAGGCGGUAGUUAUUUUCGCUCAUUUUUGUGUGUUGCUGAAGCAUUAUGACAGUCACUGGUGGUUACAGGGGUGGGCAGACCAUUUGAUGGGGCGGGCGAUGGAGAUUUUGGAUGAGGAACAUCGGGCUUGGAUUAAGUGGCCUGUGAUGGAGAUGAGGUGGAAAGGUUGA